AUAACAGCCAGCGUUUAGAUAUACUGUUCAGCUUAUAGAUAUGGAGCGGAAACAGUACUAUAAACUUCCCUUUCUUCACCUAUUCUUCAUCUUUUUCAUGAAUCACCUAGUUACCUGUCAGCUUGAUUAUAAAUUCUAUGAUGGUACUUGUCCAAACCUGACAAAAAUUGUUAGAUAUGGUGUUUGGUCAGCCAUUGCUAAUGAGACUAGGAUGGCUGCUUCUCUCUUGCGGCUUCACUUCCAUGAUUGUUUUGUUAAUGGAUGUGAUGCAUCUGUGUUACUUGAUGAUACCAGCACUACUAAGGGAGAAAAGAAUGCAUUGCCUAAUCGAAAUUCAGCUAGAGGCUUUGAGGUCAUUGACAACAUAAAGGCUAAUGUGGAAAAAGCUUGCCCAUCUGCAGUUUCCUGUGCUGAUAUACUCACACUUGCAGCAAGGGACGCUGUCUUUCUUGCAGGAGGACCACUUUGGCCAGUAGCCUUGGGUCGCCGGGACGGCCUAACAGCAAGUGAGAGUGCAGCUAACCAGCAGCUUCCAUCGCCUUUUGAGCCCUUAGAAAACAUCAUUUCAAAAUUCACUUCAAAGGGUCUUGAUAUCAAGGAUGUGGUUGUUCUCUCAGGUGGUCACACCAUUGGUUUUGCUCAAUGCUUCACAUUCAAGCAAAGGCUCUUCAACUUUAGUGGAACUGGUCAACCUGAUCCAGCCCUUGAUGCCUCACUCCUGAAGGGUUUGCAAGUCCUUUGUCCAAAUCAAGAAGAUUCAGACUCCAAAUUAGCUCCUUUGGACACUGCUACUGCCAACAGAUUUGACAACGCUUACUAUACAAACCUUGUGAACAAUUCCGGGCUUCUCCAGUCAGACCAAGUCCUAAUGGGGGACAACAGAACCUCCUCCAUGGUCCUUAACUACAGCAGGUACCCAUUUCUUUUCAACAAAGACUUUGGGGCAUCAAUGGUGAAGAUGGCCGGUUUGGGUGUGCUGACAGGGAACGAUGGGGAGAUAAGGAAGAAUUGCAGGGUAGUGAACUAGAAAUCUUUAUUUAUCUGCAUCCUUGAAAACUGUAAGAACCAAAUGCAGGGCAGUUUUCUAUGUCUGAAAAACUGCAACUGCUAGUAACUUGUAAAUGUAAGAUGUGGAACCUAGUGCAAUAUGCAUCAAUAAGUGAGAAUAAACUGCAUCAUCUUUG